GCUCUCACUUACUCACUUACUUAACUCACCGCCCAGUUUUCGCUCUCUCUCUCUCAGCUGCUGCUUCUUACUUUCUUCUUCUUCUUUCUCUCUCUCUUCCGUAAUUGAAACCCAUAAAUGAAUCAGAAUUAAAUAAGCUGUUUAGAAUCCGACUUUCAGAGUCGGUGGAGAGAGAAAAACAAAGGCGCUGUUUUUUUUUUUACAUUUCCAUAACCAGAGAAAAGGUAAACCUCUAAAAAGCCAUACACUCGACACGCAUUUUACCGAAACGUCGCCGCCGGUUUCCGCCGUGAUUGUCAGAUUCCGGUGGAUCUACGGCUACAUUUCACGUGAUGUUAGAUUCUGAUCACCAGGUAUUGAAAUGAAUGGAAUUCAGCACAAGAAAGGUCAUAAUAUUGAAAAGUUUCCAGGAUGCCUGGGCAGGAUGGUAAACCUGUUUGAUUUGAACUCGGGUGUUCCCGGAAACCGCCUGCUUACUGAUAAACCGCAUCGUGAUGGUUCCUCACUCUCUAGGAGUCAAUCUGAUGUCGUAAGGAUGCCAAGCCCAACCUUUGGAGAUCAAAUUGAGGAUAAAGUGAUUGUAUCUGAGUUGAGGACUUUUUCAAACAAGAAAGGUAAUGUAACACCCAUGAAAAUGCUCCUAGCCCAGGAAAUGUCAAAAGAUGUGGAGUCCAAGUGUAACCCACCCAAUGUGGUUGCUAAGCUGAUGGGCCUUGAUGCACUACCUAGGCGGCAGCAUAAUUCAUCUGCACAAAGAUGCCGUUUUAAAGGCUCUUCUCGACAUUCUUCGUGUCACUCUGAGAUACCAGUGGAAAGCUGGGAGCAGGAUCAAAGCUUUCCAGAUGAGCAAAUGCAAUGCGAAGUAAGUCCCUGUGAAGUGCUGAACAAAUACAAAGACGUGUAUGAAAUCUGGCAACAAUCCCCAAGAACUACUUAUUCAAGAGACAGCUCUCCAAAAAAAGGGAGGUAUAGUGAUAAUGCAAAUGAGAAUAAAAUGGCUUUAGUUCGUCAGAAGUUUAUGGAAGCAAAACAUCUAGUGACAGAUGAAAAGCUUCGCCAGUCCAAGGAAUUUCAAGAUGCACUGGAAGUCUUAAGUUCCAAUAGAGAGUUAUUCCUCAAGUUUCUGGAAGAGCCAAAUUCCACGUUCUCUCAGCAUCUCAACAAUUUCCGGUGUUCAUCUCUACUGCCUCAGACAAAACGUAUAACUGUUCUUAGACCUUCUAAGAUGGUUGACAAUGAAAAAUUUGUCGGAACAGGGCAGAAGGGUGAUAACCAGACAAAGAAACCGGUUCAGAUAGGUCAAGUAACUGGAUAUGGUAGAAAUAACACUGCAUGUUCUUUUCCCAGUCCAAAAGUUGAGGAUUAUCCUUCCCAACCAACUAGAAUAGUGGUACUGAAGCCCAGCCCUGGGAAGAAUCAGGACAUUAUAAGGACUCCAGCAUCUCCAUCUCCCCCUUUGCCUAGGAUAUUACAUGGAGGAGAUUUCUAUGAGGAACCUGAAGAAGAUGAUGCACGAGAAUCAAAAGAAGUGGCAAAGGAAAUCACUAGGCAUAUGCGUGAAAAUCUUAUGGGUCACAGGAGGGAUGAAACAUUACUUUCUUCUGUGUUUUCCAAUGGUUACACCGGUGAUGAUAGUUCAUGCAAUAGAUCUGAAAAUGAGUAUCCUGUGGAAAACCUCAGUGAUUCAGAAGUCAUGUCACCAACUUCUAGACAUUCAUGGGAUUACAUCAAUAGGUUUGCUAGCCCUUAUUCUUCCACACCAUUCAGUCGCGUAUCAUGUUCUCCUGAGUCCUCGGUUUGUAGGGAAGCAAAGAAGCGGCUCUCAGAGAGAUGGGCCAUGAUGACUUCAAAUGGUAGUUCUCAAGAACAAAGACAUGGCAGGAGAAGCUCAAGCACAUUGGGUGAGAUGCUUGCUCUUUCAGAUACAAAGAAAUUGGUGAGAUCUGAAGAAGAGGGAAGUAGUAAGGAACAAGAACGUAGGGGAUCAACUUCCUGUGUAGCUAGUAAUUUGUAUGAAGAAGAAAGUACAAGUGAUUCUCCCAAAAAUAUUCUGAGGUCAAAAUCUGUGCCUGGGUCUUCCACGAUGUAUGGUGUCAGGCUUAACAAUGAAAUUCCAGAUCCUGAAGCUAGCAAAGAACAAGUUAUGAAGACAAAGAGCAUGAAAUCAUCUUUAAAGGGGAAGGUUUCAAGUUUAUUUUUCUCAAAGAAUAAGAAAACGAAUAAAGAAAAAUAUAGUGGAUCUCAAUCUACAGAUGAAUCUCCAUCUGUGACUCCUGGAACACCAGGGUCACCCAUAAUUCACCCUCGGAAGAUUAGCAAUGAUGCAUCUCAGUGUGUUAAUGACAGUUACAUCCAAGAGUGUUUGUCUCCUGUUGUAGGUGGAUCAGCAAGUAAAACUCCUUUACCAGAUCUGAUUGGCAUAGGACAGAAACAAGGCAUGAUCACUACGGAGGGAGGUCUGUCUGUAGCAAAACCUUCAAUGCCUGUCCAUAUAAGUGAGAAUCAGGAACAGCCAAGCCCCAUCUCGGUUUUAGAACCUCCAUUUGAGGAGGAUGAGAACAUGAUUUCAGAGUCCUCUGGUGGAACCAAACCGGUGCACCGAGGAGUGGGGGUGCCACCUAGAUCUAACUUGAUUGAGAAGUCACCACCUAUAGAAUCAAUUGCUCGCACCCUCUCAUGGGAUGAUUCUUGUUCAGAGACAGCCACAUUAUUAUAUCCAUCAAAGCUCUCUUUAGUUUCCCCAGGCGCCAAGGAAGAAGAACAAGAUUGGUUUUUAUUUGUCCAAUUAUUAUUAUCAGCUGCUGGUCUCAAUGGUGAGGUGCAGUUAGAUUCAUUUUUUGCCAGGUGGCAUUCGGCUGAAAGCCCAUUGGACCCAUGCUUGAGAGAGAAAUAUGCCAACUUGAAUGACAAGGAGCCUCUGCAUGAAGCUAAGAGACGACAAUGGAGAUCAAACAGGAAGCUCAUAUUUGACUGUGUCAAUGCAGCAUUACUAGAAAUCUCGGGUUAUGGGUCAGACAGGUGCAUGAAAGCUAUGUCAUUUGGCAGGGCCCAGAUGAUAGGCAAGGAGGGUGCAUCACCCAUGUUGGUUGACCAUGUGUGGGCCCAAAUGAAGGAAUGGUUUUCCGGUGAGGUGAAAUGUUUGGGGUGUGAUGAUGGGGACAGUGACAGCCUGGUGGUGGAAAGAGUGGUGCAGAAAGAAGUAGUGGGUAAAGGGUGGAUUGAUCAAAUGAAAUGGGAAGCAGAUAAUUUGGGAAGAGAGAUAGAAUGGAGGUUGCUAGAAGAACUUGUAGAAGAGGCGGUGACCGAUAUAACUGGUAAGUUGUUUUGAGGUGUUUUUAGUUUUGUCUGUUUGUCGUCUUUCCCCAUCCACUAUUGACUAUAUAACUAUCCCCUAUUAUUUGUGAAUUUGUGCAUUUGAUUUUGAAGAAGGAUGAUCCGAGCCAGCUUAUUUUGUUGAAUGCUGCAGCAUGAAUGUUUAUUGUAUAUUAAUCUGAUAAAAUUGUCUAAAGUA